UUUAUUUUUUAUUUUUUUCGCGUUUCUGAAGCCCAAACGAGGCCGGGCUGUGUGUAGUAAAGCUGUGGGGAUGACUUUGGAGUCGAUGAUGGCCUGCUGCCUGAGCGAAGAGGCCAAGGAGUCGAAACGAAUCAACGCCGAAAUCGAAAGGCAACUGCGUCGGGACAAACGCGACGCGAGACGGGAGUUGAAGCUGCUCCUGCUAGGCACGGGUGAGAGCGGCAAGAGUACUUUCAUCAAACAGAUGCGUAUCAUCCAUGGCACCGGAUACACAGACGAGGACAAACGCGGAUUCACCAAACUGGUGUACCAGAACAUCUUCACCUCCAUGCAGUCCAUGAUCCGCGCCACUGAGACCCUGAAAAUUGGCUUCAAGUAUGAGCAGAACAAGGCAAACGCCAUGCUGGUGAAGGAAGUGGACAUUGAGAAGGUGUCGUCAUUCGACCAGCCCUACGUUAAUGCCAUUAAGAUGCUGUGGACAGAUCCAGGCAUUCAAGAAGCCUACGACAGACGCCGAGAGUAUCAGCUGUCAGACUCCACCAAAUACUAUCUAUCUGAUCUGGAUCGUAUCGCCGAGCCCUCCUACCUUCCCACCCAGCAGGAUGUUCUGAGGGUUCGAAUCCCGACCACAGGGAUAAUUGAAUACCCAUUCGACCUUCAAAGCAUCAUUUUCAGGAUGGUUGAUGUAGGGGGUCAGAGGUCAGAGCGCAGGAAGUGGAUCCACUGUUUUGAGAAUGUGACGUCCAUCAUGUUCCUGGUGGCUCUGAGCGAGUACGAUCAGGUUCUGGUUGAAUCGGACAAUGAGAAUCGUAUGGAGGAGAGCAAGGCUCUGUUCAGGACGAUAAUCACAUAUCCAUGGUUCCAAAACUCUUCUGUCAUCCUCUUCCUAAACAAGAAGGAUCUGCUGGAGGAGAAGAUCACCUACUCCCACCUGGUCGACUAUUUCCCAGAAUUCGACGGGCCCCAAAGAGAUGCCCAGGCUGCACGAGAGUUCAUCCUGAAGAUGUUUGUGGAUCUGAACCCCGACAGUGACAAGAUCAUCUACUCUCAUUUCACCUGUGCCACUGACACGGAGAACAUCCGCUUUGUGUUUGCAGCGGUGAAAGACACCAUCCUGCAACUAAACCUGAAGGAAUACAACCUGGUGUGAGAUGUGACGAGUCCGACACAUGAAUCAGUAUAGAACAGGCACCUACAGAGCGUGCGCACACCUAUGUCCACACACCACACACACAUGCAUCAUGCACACUUUCAGAAACACACGGUUCUUGUGAUUUCUCUUUCCCAGCUUCCAGAGUUUUCUCUUUCUGUCCAGCGGAAUAAUAACGGACAUGUCCUGCUCAUCGUUUGUUUUUUAUUUGUUUGCCAAAGUCUAUCCGCUCAUCCCUGGCAGCUCUCGUCAAAGGCCUCUUUCCCUUUUAUCAAAUUUGACCACCAAAAAAGAAAAAAAGUGGCUCGGAUUUGACAAAGGGCGUUAGACUCCUAUUAGCCACUUCAGCGUUCACAUAUUUCAUGGAGAUGUUGGAUUGACGGAGCUACGAUGAGAAUGACCUGUGAUACGCUGGCCUGAAAAACUGGAAGUGACGUUCCUUUUCCUGUACUAUCACUCGCUCCAAUCACAUCAUCUGCUCUAAGCGUUUCUCUGGAAUUCCGCCUGGAUGAAUGGAAAAAUGGGUUUUCACAGCCCUGCAAAAAGACCAAAAAAAUUAAUAAAUCACAACAUAUUUA